AUGCCAAACACCAACUGGCUUUGGUUCCGAGUCUUUGCGAACCUGGGCUUGAAGAAGAACGGAGGAAAGUUCUCACAAGAGCGGCUCGACGCGGACAUCAAGCACCUCGACACCUUUUACCGGGGUGGCGGUUGGUCCAACGAUGGACCGGAGGGCAUCCACCAGAUGGACUACUACUCGUCCAGCUUCGCCAUCCAAUUCCUCCAGCUUCUCUACGCAAAGCUAGCCGGCGACGACGAGCCUGAACGGGCCGAGGAGUUCCGCAAGCGAGCCCAGAUGGUCGCACUCGAUCUCGCCCACUACUUUGACGAGGAAGGCCGAGCCAUCCCCUUCGGCCGCAGCGUCGGCUACCGCUUCGCGAUGGUGUCUUUCUGGGGUGCCCUCGCCUAUGCCGGUGUCGAGUUGCCGGCCCCCCUGACUUGGGGUAUGGUGAAGGGCAUCGUGAUGCGUCAUUUGCGAUGGUGGCAGACGCAGCAUGAGAUGUGGAGUCCGAGCGGAACGCUGACAGUGGGCUAUUCGUACCCGAAUAUGUAUAUGGCAGAGAACUACAACAGUCCUGGGAGCCCAUACUGGGCCUGCCUCGCCUUCAUCUGCCUCGCGGUUCCCGAAGACCACCCUUUCUGGACCUCCGAGGAGGAGCAGGCUUGGGGCGUUAUCCCCAAGAUCAAAGCCCUUGAACAGCCGGGCCACAUCAUGAGCAACGUUGGCGGCCACUGCAUGCUCUUGUCGUCUGGUCAAGCUUGCAGCUACCCGAUGAAGGGCACCCACGCCAAGUACGGCGGGUUCGCCUACUCGAGUGCGUACGCUUACUCGGUGCCCCCAGGGCUGUUCUCUCUCGAGCAGUACGCCUUGGCUUCGCAGCUGGGUCUGUCAGACGACGGCGGAGAGUACUGGAAGACUCGGCGGCUCUCACAGUACGCCGCCAUUGAAACCAGACACGACAAGCCGGUGCUCGUUUCGGUGUGGAAGCCGUUUGUGGACGUCGAAAUCAAGACCAUCUUGGUGCCUCCCGAAGAGUCCACGCCGAACUGGCACCUUCGCAUCCACCACAUCAAGGCAGGCCGAGAGGUCAUGACCGCAGAUGGGUCGUUCGCCAUUGUCAACGAGAACUCGACAAACGGCCGAUACCUCGACCUCUACGACGCGGAAAAGGGCGAGGGCACGUCGCCAAAGAUCAUUGGCAACUACGACACCAACACGCCCGAAGGACUGGCAAAGGGUAGCGAGGGAGCCUUCGCCGUGUCCAAGGGCGCCGUGGGCAUCAAGGCCCUGGAGGGCUCGAUCGAGCGGACAGCCAAUCUCGUCAACGCGGACCCCAACUCGAACCUGGUCGAGAAUCGCACAGCCAUCCCGACGCUGCAGCACACGAUCAAGAAGGACGAGUCGGUCUGGUACAUUACAGGCAUCUACGCCAAGCCGAACGGCGAGGGCGUCCCCAAGCAGAGCUAUCUGGACGGCUGGGAGAAGCCACCUGCAGUCCCAUCUUGGCUCGAGGCAGAGAUGAGUGCUUCUUAG